UAAUGAGCGACGACCCAUUCUUUGUAGUCAAAAGAGAGGUAGAACAGUCAUUGGUGCAGGUAGGCAGCCUGUAUCAGGCAUGGUUCCAGCAGCUCACAAGUAACACUGUAAGCGAGACAGACUUGAAGCGUCAGGGAGCUGAUAUUAGGGAUAUUUUGCGGAAUAUCGUGGCGGAUUUGGACGAGUUGGACGAGACAAUUCAGAUUGUGCAAUCGAAUCCAGCACGGUUUAAACUUGACCGGUCACAUAUUGACGAGCGCAAGCAAUUCGUACAAGAGUCUCGGAAAAAGGUUGAAGAAAUGAAAUCGAGUGUAAAUAAUCCAUCUGCUGCACGUAUGGGAGGUCAGCAAGGAAUGAGAAAUAAUCUGAUGGGAUCCAACAAAACAAGGACUGACAAGUAUGGCCGAACCGAAGACGAAUACAAAGUUUCGAACCAAAAGUUUGUUGAACGCGAGCAACAACAGCAACAGGCACUUAUGCAGGAUCAAGAUGCACAGAUGAGUGACGUUGCAGUUACUGUUGGCAAUCUGCGUGAAGUUGCUCGUGUCAUGGGCAGCGAGCUAGAUGAUCAGACCAGAUUACUGGGUGAAGUUGAAACACAGGUGGAUAGUACUCAAGGUAGACUGGAAGAUGGCAUGAAACGCAUGAAGGACUUUAUCAAGGCAAAUUCAGAUUCGAGACAGCAAUGGUGCAUUGCUAUACUGGUUGUUAUUUUGGUGCUGAUAAUUGUUCUUGUACUGAGUUUUUAACAACGGUACUUGGAGGGCAUUACCAAGUUUAUUUGCUGGUUUGAUGAUCAAAAUAAUAUAUGUGGAAUGCAUAUUACCAACUAUAAUA